CCCAAAAAAAUCAGUGAGGUAACGACAAAGACAACAUUGGAUUAAUUAUCUCACAUUCUUGCUACCCUCCUAUUGUUACAGGAGCUAUUUGCUAAGUGUCAACAAAGAAACUCAAAGAGCAGCAAUGGAAGCUGCAUUAAGCACUGCACUUGCUCUUUCACCUAACCAAGUAUUCAAUGCAGUAAAUCCUGGAGAUAAAAAUUUUGCUCUGAAAUAUUGCAAAGAUCGUACUGUUGUAAUGACAAUGGCAGCCACUGGAAUAUUGGGAAAAGGUGGAGGGUUGGUUGAGAAGCCAACCAUAGAGACUACAACACCUGGAAGGGAAUCUGAAUUUGAUGUAAGGAAAUCUCGGAAAACAUCUCCACCAUUUCGAGUUUUGCUGCACAAUGACAACUUCAACAAGAGAGAAUAUGUUGUGCAAGUGUUGAUGAAGGUGAUACCUGGAAUGACAAUUGAUAAUGCAGUUAACAUCAUGCAGGAGGCACAUCAUAAUGGAUUAGCAGUGGUGAUCACAUGUGCUCAGGUGGAUGCUGAAGACCACUGCAUGCAACUGAGAGGAAACGGCCUUUUGAGCUCAAUUGAGCCAGCUGAUGGUGGUGGUUGCUGAUAGAAAAACAGAUCAUUGGCAUGUGCUUAUUUUGGCCUAGUACUUUCUUGGUUGGGUCACAAAUCAUAUCAUAUCUUACAAAUUACUCAGUUCCAUAAUGUUCUUCUUUCCAAUUCCGACCAUUAAUGAUGUUUGUAUAGAAAAGUAAUGACUAGCUAAGGAAAGGGAUGGUAGCAGCUACUUUGUACUUAAUACAAGACAUAAAUUGCUACCAAUGGGUUAGAUUUAAAGCCUUAUACUA